GGCUCCAAGGCCCACAUGGAAAGGUUGGAGGAGGUGACCAAGGAGAUCGAAGCCACUGACACCUACCAGCUGCGGGACACCGAGCUGAUCUACGGAGCCAAGCAUGCCUGGAGAAACGCAGCCCGCUGUGUGGGCAGGAUUCAGUGGUCCAAGCUGCAGGUGUUUGAUGCCCGGGACUGCACCACAGCCCAUGGGAUGUUCAAUUAUAUCUGCAACCACAUCAAAUAUGCCACCAACAAAGGGAACCUCAGAUCUGCUAUCACCAUCUUCCCGCAGCGGACAGACAGCAAGCACGACUUCCGCAUCUGGAACGCCCAGCUCAUCCGCUACGCUGGCUACAAGCAGCCCGAUGGCACGGUCCUGGGAGACCCGGCAAACGUGGAGCUGACGGAGAUCUGCAUUCAGCAGGGGUGGAAGGCACCGCAUGGACGCUUCGACAUCCUGCCUCUGCUCCUCCAAGCCAACGGCAAUGACCCAGAGCUCUUUGAAAUCCCCCCAGAGCUUGUGCUGGAAGUGCCCAUCCGGCAUCCCAAGUUUGAAUGGUUCAAGGACCUGGGCCUGAAGUGGUAUGGGCUGCCAGCGGUUUCCAACAUGCUCCUUGAGAUCGGUGGCUUGGAGUUCUCCGCCUGCCCCUUCAGUGGCUGGUACAUGGGCACUGAGAUUGGGGUCCGGGACUAUUGUGACAACUCUCGCUACAACAUACUGGAGCAAGUGGCCAAGAAAAUGAAUCUGGACAUGAGGAAAACCUCCUCACUGUGGAAGGACCAAGCCCUGGUGGAGAUCAACAUUGCUGUGCUGUACAGCUUCCAGAGUGACAAGGUGACCAUUGUGGACCACCACUCUGCCACCGAGUCCUUCAUCAAGCACAUGGAGAACGAGUACCGAUGCCGCGGAGGCUGUCCUGCCGACUGGGUGUGGAUUGUCCCACCUAUGUCUGGCAGCAUCACCCCGGUUUUCCAUCAGGAAAUGCUCAACUACCGUCUCACGCCCUCAUUUGAGUACCAGCCCGACCCCUGGAACACUCACGUCUGGAAAGGUGUCAACGGAACGCCUACCAAGAAGAGGGCCAUUGGCUUUAAGAAGUUGGCAAAGGCUGUGAAGUUCUCAGCCAAGCUGAUGGGACAGGCCAUGGCCAAGAGGGUCAAAGCGACCAUCCUGUACGCCACGGAAACGGGGAAGUCGCAGGUCUAUGCAAAAACUCUCUGUGAAAUCUUCAAGCACGCUUUCGACGCCAAGGUGAUGUCCAUGGAUGAGUACGACAUUGUGCACCUGGAGCAUGAAACCAUGGUCCUGGUGGUCACCAGCACCUUUGGCAAUGGAGAUCCACCUGAGAAUGGAGAGAAAUUUGGCUGUGCAUUAAUGGAGAUGAAGAAUCCCAACUCCAACCUGGAGGAGAGGAAGAGCUACAAGGUCCGUUUCAACAGCGUCUCCUCUUACUCGGAUGCACGGAAAUCCUCAAGCGACGGCCCUGACUCCAGGGACAACUUUGAAAGCACAGGGCCACUGGCCAAUGUCAGGUUCUCCGUCUUCGGGCUGGGCUCCCGCGCUUACCCCCAUUUCUGCGCCUUUGCCCGGGCAGUGGACACCCUCCUGGAGGAGCUGGGUGGAGAGAGGAUCCUCCGCAUGGGAGAAGGGGAUGAGCUCUGUGGCCAGGAAGAGUCCUUCAGGACCUGGGCCAAGAAGGUCUUUAAGGCAGCGUGCGACGUGUUCUGCGUGGGGGACGACGUCAACAUCGAGAAAGCAAACAACUCCCUCAUCAGCAACGACCGGAGCUGGAAGAGGAGCAAGUUUCGCCUGACCUACGUGGCUGAAGCCCCAGAACUCACACAAGGACUGUACAGCAUCCACAAAAAACGCGUCUAUGCAGCCCGGCUGAUCACCCGGCAGAACCUGCAGAGCCCCAAGUCCAGUCGCUUGACAAUUUUCGUACGUCUCCACACCAACGGACACCAGGAGCUGCAGUACCUGCCCGGGGACCACUUGGGCGUGUUUCCAGGGAACCAUGAAGACUUGGUCAAUGCUCUGAUUGACAGGCUUGAAGAUGCCCCUCCAGCCAACCAGCUGGUGAAAGUGGAGCUCCUGGAGGAGAGGAACACAGCUCUAGGUGUCAUCAGUAACUGGACAGACGAGAACCGUGUCCCACCAUGCACCAUCUUCCAGGCUUUUAAGUACUAUUUGGACAUCACCACCCCUCCCACACCCCUGCUGCUGCAGCAGUUUGCUUUGUUGGCCACCAGUGACAAGGAGAAGAAACGUCUGCAGGUCCUUAGCAAGGGCUUGCAGGAGUACGAGGAAUGGAAGUGGUCCAAGAACCCCACCAUCGUGGAGGUGCUGGAGGAGUUCCCCUCCGUGCAGAUGCCCUCCACGCUGCUGCUCACCCAGCUCCCCCUCCUCCAGCCGCGCUACUACUCCAUCAGCUCCUCCCCAGAGAUGUACCCAGGCGAGGUCCACCUCACCGUGGCAGUGGUCUCCUAUCGCACCAGAGAUGGAGAAGGACCAAUCCACCAUGGAGUCUGCUCCUCCUGGCUCAACCGGAUACAGACCGAUGAAGUCGUGCCCUGUUUUGUAAGAGGCGCGCCCGGGUUCCACCUACCCCAGGACCCCCAGGUGCCGUGCAUCCUCAUCGGCCCCGGCACCGGCAUCGCCCCUUUCCGGAGCUUCUGGCAGCAGCGGCUUUUUGAAAUCCAGCACAAAGGUCUGAAGCCUUGUCCCAUGGUCCUGGUGUUUGGCUGCCGGCAGUCCAGGAUCGACCAUAUUUACAAAGAGGAGACGCUCUUUGCCAAAUCCCAAGGUGUCUUCAGAGAGCUGUACACAGCCUACUCCCGGGAACCGGACAAACCAAAGAAAUACGUGCAGGACGUGUUGCAGGAGCAGCUGGCCCAAACCGUGUUCAAAGCUCUGAAGGAGCAAGGAGGCCACAUCUACGUCUGCGGGGAUGUCACUAUGGCCGGGGACGUCCUCAAGACGGUUCAGCGCAUUGCGCGGCAGCAGGGCCAGCUGUCGGUGGAGGAGGCAGGCGCCUUCAUCAGCAAGCUGCGG